CUUUCCUUAUUUCCUUGUUCUGAGAUUUCUGAGAUGGGCGACAAGACGGAAGACGCGACGCUGCAAUCGGUCGAAGCGCGGCUGACUGGGAUUGAGCGACUGCUCCAACAACAACAGCAGCAGCAGCAGCAACAGUCAAUAGCUACUUCAGGAGCUGCAUCAGGAGCAGCUGGAGUGCCGUUCUCACAGUCUGUCGCCAAUGUCGCUGCAAAGCUCAAGGCUGCCGUCGAAGGCCGACCAGCACUCGCGUCACUGCUGCUGAAGAAUGGAACACAGCUGAACACGCUGCUGGACGCGAGGGCGCCAGAGUCGGCCGCUGCGGAACAACUCGCGCUGUCGGCGCCGAGCAAGAGCGAGCUCAUCCUGGCAAGCGAGCCGCUGAUCGCAUCCACCGUCACUGCGUUGCAAGAGCUGGAGACACUCACCAGCUAUGUCAACACACCCCGUUUCGAGGAGGCUGUGCAGCAGAUGCAAGGACCCAGCCAACCGCUCGCCAACGCCCAAGUCGCCCAACUCACGCACGCCCAGACCGCCAAGCUCAUCGAGCAGCAGUUUACAGCAAUGCUUGAAAAGUAUACACAGCUCGUGACUGCACUUUCAUCGCAGUUCGUGGCGUUUGAUCGCAUCAUUACUCAGGCAGAGACCACCGUUGCCGCCCUCGAGCAGCGCGUCGCCAAGUAAACGGUUUGUGGUGUGCUCUGGUCUAUUCCUUUGGUGUGGUGUCAUGAAUGUAAAUUUAGUGAAGAAUUGAAUAGUUGUGCGAGUGCUUGGCA